GUUUUCCAGGUGGUGAUGUCUCGGGAGAAGGAUGUGGAAGGUCAGCAGUCCCAUGCCAGCCCCUCUUCCCAACCCCAGGCGAGCAGUGCCUCUUCCCAGUCCCAAGGCUAUCCAUCCCAGUCCUCUGGCCUGUUGUUUCAGACCCCUGGUCCUUCCUCUCAGUCCCAGAGUACAUCGAGCUCCUCUGCCAGCACACUGCUCACCUCCAGCCAGUCGUCUCAUUCCAGCUCUGGGACACUGAGCUCCUUAGAGACAGUGUCCACGCAGGAACUCUGCUCUAUUCCCGAGGACCAAGAGCUAGAGGAGCCCGUCCCUGCCCCUUGGGGACGACUCUUGGCCCUUCAGGAUGGAUUCUCCAAUCUUGAGUGUGUUAACGACAGCUACUGGUUUGGCAGGGACAGAAGCUGUGACUACUGGUUUGACGAGCGACUACUGAAAAGGAGUGACAAAUACCGGACAUACAGCAAGAAACACUUCCGGAUUUUCAGGGAAAUGGGUCCUAAGAACUCUUACAUCGCGUACAUAGAAGAUCACAGUGGGAAUGGAACCUACGUGAACGCCGAACUUGUGGGCAAAGGAAAGCAUCGCCCUUUGAGUAACAAUUCAGAAAUUGCCCUUUCGUUAUGUAGGAAUAAAGUUUUUGUAUUUUUUGACCUGACAGUAGAUGAUCAGUCAGUUUAUCCUAAGGAAUUAAGAGAUGAAUACAUCAUGUCCAAAACUCUCGGAAGCGGUGCUUGUGGAGAGGUGAAGCUUGCUUUCGAGAGGAAGACAUGCAAGAAAGUAGCUGUGAAGAUCAUCAGCAAAAGGAAGUUUACAAUUGGCUCUUCAAGAGAGGCUGAUCAAGCUCUCAAUGUUGAAACAGAAAUAGAAAUUUUGAAAAAACUAGAUCAUCCUUGUAUCAUCAAGAUUAAAAACUUUUUUGAUGCAGAAGAUUAUUAUAUUGUUUUGGAAUUGAUGGAAGGAGGCGAACUGUUCGAGAAGGUGGUGGGGAAUAAACGCCUGAGAGAGUCUACCUGCAAACUCUACUUUUACCAGAUGCUCUUGGCAGUGCAGUAUCUUCAUGAAAAUGGCAUCAUACAUCGUGACUUGAAGCCGGAAAAUGUCCUGCUCUCGUCUCAGGAAGAGGAUUGUCUCAUAAAGAUAACUGAUUUUGGGCAGUCCAAGAUUCUGGGGGAGACUUCCCUCAUGAGAACCUUAUGUGGUACCCCCACCUACUUGGCCCCUGAGGUUCUUCUGUCCAUCGGAACAGCUGGGUAUAAUCGUGCCGUGGACUGUUGGAGUCUGGGAGUCAUCCUUUUCAUCUGCCUUAGUGGGUAUCCACCUUUCUCUGAGCAUAAGACUCAAGUGUCACUGAAGGAUCAGAUCACCAGUGGAAAAUACAACUUCAUUCCUGAAGUCUGGGCAGAUGUGUCAGAGAAGGCUUCUAUUGUUAAGUUGUGCACCAUUUGAAAAGCAGUGGAAAUUAUUGAAAGAGUCCUGGAUCUGCUACUUCCUAGCUGUCUGGCCUAGGCAAGUGAUUUAACCCCUCCCAACCUCCAUUUUCUGUAUUUGUCAGCUGGGCCUUAAUAACCCAUACUUUAUGAGGUUUUUUGUGAGGCGUAAAUUAUCCUUUAUGUAAGUGCCUGUUUCCCAGUUGAAUGUGAAAAAAAUAAUAAGUAACUUCAGUUGCAAAGUUUUCUUACGUUUGUAAAAGUGAGAAGGCCUUUGGUAGUUACCUUGUGUUUUAUAACUUAAAAAUGCAACCUUGUAACUCCCUGAAGAAAAAGUAGAAAAUGAAAACUAAGUGUCAAAUAAUGCAACCUAGGGGAUUGCGUUAAAUGUCUGCGUGUUUAAGGGAUAACAUUGUUGCAGGAGACAAGCCCAACUCCAAUUGUUGCUUGCUGGAGUAGCAUACUCCUGGCUGAGCAGCUGGCACUGACACCCUGGGUCACCCACGGUCCCAGAGAGAGCUGGCCUUGCAUCCUGAGUGUCUCAGAAUUGGGUAGAAGUUCAGCUUUAAUUGGUUUUAAAUUUGAGUCCAACAGCACUGACAGGGAACAAGGGAGCUAAGAAGUUGUGGUUCCCAGCAGGGAAGACACAGGAAGCCUCCUUAUGAGCCCAGGCGUUCAGAGUAGCCUGGACAGAGGGAGUGAGAGAUUCAGGGGGCUCUUACCCACUAUGUCUGCUGACUUCUGGGUGAUCUCACAACCUCUCUCUUUCUGGAUGGUGGUCUGUAAUUCUGUUGAUUACAUGUAUUCCUCCUUUUCACUGUUAUCUGCCCAAU